UUGUUGAAGUUUCGUCCCAGCUAGGGGGGGACCACAACCUCUAUCGUCCUAUUCGCACCUAAUGAGUAGAAAAAAUGGUUGUGGCAGAUACACAUACACUUAUUCAUCCUUGCUAUAAAUAUAUAUAUAGACAUAUAUACAUAGCACCAUAUCACUGAAGUGCUCCAUCAACCCUCACUAAUCCACACACACACUCUCUCUCUCUCUCUCACUAAAGCCACUAAGAAUGGCUCACCUAAAACCAACUCUCUUCUUCUCUUUUCUCUUCCUCUUCCUACUAUCUCACCCCAUUGACGCCAGAGACAGCCAGUUCUUCAGCAAAGUCACGAACGACAACAACAAUCAAGAAACGACAACAACAGUAGUAACUCCUAGAAACAACGACAACAAAGUUGACGAUCACCAACCAGAGCCAACUUUCAUCCCAGAAACACAAAACGACGGCUACGGCCUUUACGGCCACGAGUCCGGUCAGUUCCCACCUUCCGAAGAACACUUCACCACCACAAAGACCACCACCGGCGGCGCCCCUUACACCACCACCUCCGCCAACCCCGUCAGCACCUACGAGACCUACGAGCCAUACACCACUCCCACCACUACUUACAAGCCCUACACCACUCCCAUUGGCCGCCCGUACAGGACCGAGUCCGAAGAAGGGACCAACGACAACGCCCAGUUCUACAGCAACAACGAGAACGAGAAUGAAAACGAGAACGACAGCUACAAGAACAAUCACUAUAACUACAACAGUGAGAAUAGCUAUAACACUAAUUACAACAAGGUGAGGAACAACAAUGGAAGAGGAAACGACAGGUCGUACAACCCCGAGAGACUAGGGAUGAGUGACACCAGGUUCUUGGAGAACGGAAAGUACUUUUACGACCUGAACAUGGAGAAGAAUUAUGAUCCCAACUCCUACAGAAACUCCAGGGUGGUGGCCGAACCCAAGAACAACAAUUGGUACAACAACAGGGAAAACGACAACAACAACUACUAUGGCCACAAUAGCAAUGCGAACGACAGGUCGUACGAGAUCAAUAACAACAACCGCAACUCCUUUGAAGGGUAUCAGAACCAGCGUGAGGAUCAGUUCCAAUACAACAAUGAGGAGCCUUGAUUAUUGAUCAUUAUCAUCAUCAUUUAUAUUAUAUAUGAAGGUUGCAUUGCAUGUGGUACCAAAAGAAGUGAACAGAUAAUGAUAUAUAUAAUGUUCGUGUUUUUUUUUAUUUAAUUAUUGAUUAUCAUAUGUCAUCAUUCAGAAAGGUGGACGUUUCAUAUAUUUAAAAGAAAAAAGAAAUUGUCAUGGUUUAAUUAAGUUGGAAAAAGGAAUUUAAGGAUAUAUAUAUAGGUUAAUUUGAGGAGAGUUCUUAUAUUAUGUGUUUUUCAUUUUUGUAAUAUUUUGUUUUUGUGUUCUUGUCAUCCUGCAUACUUCUCCUAAAUCCUAAUAAAUGUGAAAUAUGUGUUGCUUUA